AAUCUAUUUUGCUGGAUACAGGUAUGAUUGGCAUGUAUUGGCGCUCUGGAGAUCUCAUAGGAGGGACACAGGGCGCAACCUUUAUACCUGCACUACCCUACUGUCCUCCCACGUCUCUCUCCAGCCUCCUCUAUCUUCUGCAAUUGUCUUUCCCUUCAGAUAAUCUGAGCUGACGACACUGCAAAGUUCGGUGAUAGCUUUUCAUCCCUCCACCUCGACGCAGGCAUCGAUCCGGUAGUAAGGGAGCUCUUCCCGGAACUACCCACAGACUUCCCUCCAUUCCCAGUCUGGAAUGCCUCUAUUCUUCGAUGGCACACGCGAAUGGACUUGCCCUUGACCAUUUAUGGCGCAACAUUCAUGGCUCGGCCUGACUCUGGCUGCGAAGACAAUAUCGUCGACGAACACACAGUUGCAGCACUUGGACUCUACAUCGAUAGGUCUGCAAGUAACCAGAAGAUAUUUCGCAUGGCGAAUGGGCGAAGUGCGCGAGCAGUUGGACUGACAUCUGUAUCAUGCUAUUUCCCUAACGAGCCCUGGAAAGAACUUCAGAUUCAGUUCUACGUCUUCGCUCGAUUAAACACACCCAUGAUCAUCGGACUCUCUUUCCUGGAUGAUACACAGACCCUCGUUGAGAACCGACAUCGCCUUCAGCCUCGAACGUCAUCAUGCCGUGGGCCGUUCAAGGUGUCUCGACUCAACAGGCCAAAGCGCUGGCUUAAGUGUCUUGUCGAUUUGGCACCGGUAUUGGCCAAUCCUGACACAGGAUCUGAUAUUGAUCUGAUGUCACUGGCGUAUGUCCAGAAACGGGGAUUUGAAUGGCAACCGGUCGAGCCAGAGGAGUCAACCGUCGAGUUUGCCGACGGAAGCACCGCACAGCUAUCAGGAAAGCUGGUGGCCUCUCUAGCCAUCUGUUCCGACGUGUUUUCGACGGAGACAAUGACUUUCUAUGUGUUGGAGAAUCUGACAUGUGACAUGUUAUUUGGAGAGGAUUUCCUCCAGAUGAAGGAGAUUUUCCGACCCCACACAACGGCUUUAACAACUCACGAGGUGGAUAUGUCCAUCUCGGAUGCGAACACUAUUCUGUGGCAGAAAAAGGCGGAAGCUCGGCUGUUGGGAUUCUUUUCAGACGGAAUAGGAAACGAACGUUCUUCGCAAAGGCAAGGUAAAGGCGCGAUUUUGACAACGAACGAGGAGCGGCUGAGCUAAUGUGUUAGAAACAACAGAUUUGAGAUAUUAUUCGCGGAGGGAAGUGGACUUAGAGGCCAAUGAGAACAGAGACCCCCAGACUCCUAAGCAAGGAGAAGGGUCCGCAGACAUCGCCAGAGCAAUGACCCAAAUGGAGAUUCUCGAAGAGGAAGGGAGAGAGUUGAAUCGCCGAGAGCAGGCCGCAAAACGAAUUGAGAGUCUUGCCGGACCGUACAAAGAGACCGCCAGAUCUGCUGAAUAUGUACGGAUAGUUCGUUGGGACACGUGGAGGGCGAGUAUCAAUCUUGGAACUCCAAGUCAACCUCACGAGUACGGGGAGUCUCCUUCAUAUCCCCGCGGGGUGACUGCCUCAGACGACACUGUAUCGCCAACCGG